CCGGAACGGCGGUACCGGCACCGGGACAGCCACCGCGGCACAGGGACACCGGAACAGCGGGACCGGCGACAGAGAGACCGGGACACCGGAACAGCAGGACCGGCACGGGGACAGCGGUACCGGGACAGCCACCGCGGCACCGGGACACCGUCACGGCCACAGCGGUACCUGCUCAGGGGCACUGACACCGGCACGGGAAACGGGGACAGCGAUACCAGCAACGGCAUCGGGACACUGAUACCGGGACAGGAACGGGGACGGUGAUACCGGAGCAGUGAUACCGGCACCUGGGUCAGGGACGAGAACAGCGACACCGGCACCACCGCAGCUGCAGCCGGGAGCAGAGAGCCUCGGCUGGGUGACCCCGCUGGAACUGAAGCCAGGGAGAGGCUCCCCCGGGGGGGCCGCCCCCGCCAUGGAGCCCCCUGCCCGCGCCUGCUCCUGCGGCUCCCCCGUGUCUGAUAGCGAGGUGGGGGCUGGCAGCUCUCUCCGGAGCCCCCCCAGACCCGAGCGCGGCCGCAAGCGCCCGGCGGGGCCGGAGCGAGCGGCCCCGGGAUCGCCGCCAUCGCCCCGCGCGGGGAAGCGCCCGCGGAAAGGGGAGGGCGGGGAUGUCCCUCCCAGCGAUGGCGAUCGCCUCUUUGCCCAAAAGUGCCGGGAGCUCCGGGGCUUCAUCCGGCCGCUGGCGGAGCUGCUGGAGGGGCUGCGGCGGGGCCGCUACGACAGAGGGCUGAGCAGCUUCCAGCAGAGCGUGGCCAUGGACCGGAUCCAGCGGAUCAUCGGGGUCCUGCAGAAGCCAGAAAUGGGUGCCCGCUACCUGAGGACGCUGCUGCAGGUGGAGGCGAUGCUGAGGCUCUGGUUCCCCCACGUCGCCCCCAAACCCGCGCUGGACUCCGCCUCCCCCGCGGCUGCCCCGCGGCGCCGCCCCCCCGCCGGUCCCGCCGGGGCUCCCCGGUGCCGCCGCCUGCCCGGGGACCUCGCCGGCGCCGCGGGCGCAUUCCCGCAGCGCGGGUCCCCCCCGUGCCAGGCCGGGCCCCCCGAGUCCCCCCCGGCGCCGGACGUGUGACGCCCCCCCCGGCUCGGGGGGGGAGAUCUCGUCUGCAUUUCUCGGCUUUGCCUUUUUUGAUUUUUUUUUUUUACUUGUGGUCAGUGAGACCCGCGGGCGGGCGGGACUGACCUGGGGGGGCUCAGAAGCCCCCCAGAAGCCCCAACCCCGGGGCGGCCGCGUGCCUUGGCCAGAGCGGAGCCCCCUCCCCGCGGGGGCCGGGCCCUCCCGGGCUUGUGCCUUCCCCCGUGGCGCGGGGGGCCGGGGGUGAGCGCGGCCCCCGGAGCGGGGGGAGGCGGCUGAGGGGUGCAGACCCCCCGGGGGGGUGUCGGUGGAUCCCCGAGCAGGGAUGUCCCGCAGCCGGCCCUGCUGGAAGCAAUAAACGCCGCGGGAGCGGCCGGGGCCAUCCGGUGUUGUGUCCUUUGUUUCUUGGGAGGGCGGCGGGUGGGCUCCUCUCCCCAGG